AUGAUGCAUUGGAGAGGAGAAUCUUCGGUGAAGGGAAGCACUGAGAGCAUGAGAAUGGCCCUCCUAACUUUCUCUUUAGUAGGCUUACAGUUUACCUGGGGAAUUGAAAUGACCUACUGUACCCCAUACUUACUCGCUCUUGGACUCAGCAAAUCUCAUACUUCCCUUGUAUGGAUCGCAGGUCCCAUAUCCGGCCUUAUUAUGCAACCAACGAUUGGAGUCAUUGCUGAUAGAUCUACCUCGAAAUACGGUAGACGACGGCCGUUUAUGGUAGUGGGAUCUUUAGUGGUAGUCUUGUGCCUUAUUUGCUUAGGAUGGGCUAAAGAUAUUGCUUCUUUGAUUUUUGAAGAUCCCGAUAAAAAGAAAUCUAUGACAAUAUUUCUAGCAGUUCUAGCAAUUUAUGGAGUAGACUUUGCUAUUAACGCCGUACAGGCUUCAUGUAGAGCCUUAAUUGUGGAUACACUCCCAAUGAACAAGCAGCAAUUAGGAAGCGCAUGGUGUAGUAGAAUGGUGUCUUCUGGACAUUUAAUCGGUUACGCGAUCGGUACCCUGGAUCUUGUGAGGAUUUUUGGGACAAGCUUUGGAGAUAGUCAGUUUAAGCAGCUGAUAACAAUAGCUGCGAUAGCCCUUCUAUUCACCAUCAGCGUUACAUCUUGGGCCGUCACGGAAAAGGUUCUCGUCUCAAGCAAUAAUACGGAUGUGCCAAUCAACUUUGUGAGAAUAAUUACAACCGUCUACAGAGCUACUGCAUCUCUUCCCCCGCGUAUCCAAGCUAUUUGCAAUAUUCAGCUCUGGAGCUGGAUCGGCUGGUUUCCUUUUCAUUUUUAUAGCACUACCUUUGUCGGCGAGAUUUAUUUUCGAUAUGAUGCUCCUAAUGAGGUAAAAUCUUCGCCAGACGCUCUGGGAGAUAUUGGACGUAGAGGCAGUCUAGCACUCGUAAUAUUUUCCUUAGUCAAUCUCAUUGGAGCUCUAUUAAUGCCACAUUUUGUCAAGUCAUUGGAUCAGGAAAGCUUCACCCACCGGCCCCCAGCAGCAAUCGCCGGAAUUCUGGAGAAAUUUAACAAAAACAAGCCAGACCUUCUAACUGCUUGGACUUGCGGGCACAUUCUCUUCACCUGCACCAUGGUCUUCGCACCAUUUGCUCACUCCUUCCGAACAGCUACUUUUCUUGUAGGUAUAUGUGGUCUUUCUUGGUCGCUAAGCUCCUGGGCCCCUGGAUCAUACUUAGGUAUGGAGGUAAACCGACUGUCUUCUCAGCCACACCAUUCCUCUCCUCAUUUACAGUCGCAAUCAAUACAACUCGAAAAAAGCCACUCACUUGAAAAAGGAAACAGAGAAUCAAAUCACUCUCAGGGAGAGGUAUCAGGACUUUACUUCGGCAUUCUAAAUAUUUAUACAACAAUUCCUCAGUUUAUUGGUACGUUUAUUAGCAUGAUUGUAUUUGCUAUACUUGAGCCGGGAAAGAGCCAGGAAUUAAGUCAAUAUUCCAAUGAUUCUCUGACUCAGCAGCAAAAUCAAAAGCAAGGACCCAAUGCUAUUUCAGUCUGUUUGCUAAUUGGCGCUGGCUCUAUGGUUGGGGCAGCAUUUGCAACCCAAAAGUUAAAGCGCCUGUACCGUAGUACAGAGCUAGAUUAA